GUGUAAAGUAUGUAAGGCUGUAAUCAACUGAGGGCGGAAGUUUAACAAUCUGACCAGAUAGUUGCUAUCAUUAUCUUUUAUACGCUGAUAGAUCAAAUGAUGUGGUAGCAGCUUUGAAGGAGGAUGUUCCACGGGAGCGGAAGUGGUGGUUACGGCGCGGGAACCGACUACCAGACCCAGUCCCAACAACAACAACAACAACAGCAGCAGCAGCAGCAACAACAACAGCAUACUCAACAGUUACAAGCGCCUGUCUAUGUGCCAUCAUCUAGGCCAGCUAUUCCAGCAGCAGCCACGGCCCAGUAUCACUCAUUUCCGGGUUCUGCUUCACCCGCAUGGGAGAAAACUACUUCAUGGCAGCAUGGGGUAGAUAGUUACGCACAUCAUGCACUGACAGGACACACUGGUGGAUCGGCAGCAAGUAUGGGUGCGCAUAGUACACAUGGGCAUCCGCAUGCAGCGCAUCCACACACCGGACAUCCGCAUUCGACCCUAACUUCGCCAUUUUAUGCACAGAAUGUCGCCAUGAUGUCGUCCUGGAGAGCUUACGAUAGUGCUGGCUUCCAACGCGCUUCACCUUACGAUACUGCAAUGGACUUUCAAUUUGCCGAGGGACGCGAGUGCGUUAAUUGCGGUGCUAUUUCCACCCCGUUAUGGCGACGCGACGGUACAGGACAUUAUUUAUGUAAUGCAUGCGGAUUGUAUCACAAGAUGAAUGGAAUGAAUAGACCACUAAUAAAACCAUCUAAACGCCUUACUGCAACAAGACGUCUAGGUCUCUGCUGUACCAAUUGUGGUACACGAACAACAACACUAUGGAGGCGUAACAAUGAAGGUGAGCCAGUUUGCAACGCAUGUGGUCUGUACUUCAAACUUCACGGUGUGAAUCGACCUCUAGCAAUGCGUAAAGACGGUAUUCAAACACGGAAACGUAAACCAAAAAAGACUUCCGAUUCCACGGCCUCGAGGACUUCCACCAACGACCAUGAGACUUCAACUUCAACCACUUCAUCGCCAUCUAACGAAUUAAAAAGUAGUCAGCAGCAUCAUCAGUCAGAAUCAACAAAAUCAUCAUCAUCGGUAUCAACUGAUCGACCUGUUUACCUCGGGCACACACCUUUACUGGCAACCGGUGUAAUACCGACUGUUAAAACAGAGCCACGAAGUUGCGACGGGCUUAUCGGACAGCCUUACUCGUCUUAUUACCAACAUCCACAUCAACAUCAGUUAGAUACACCGACAAGCGAGCAUCAACAUCAACAAAAUUACUACAAUGCACAAGAGACUUAUCAUCAUCAACAUCAUGUCGCUACUGCUGCUAAACUUCUUCUAUCGGAGCAGUUAGAAAAUAAUGGAGUAAAUAACUGUAGUAUCACUGUAAAUCCUGGUAUGAAUGUCCAUCUACAUGUUAAUUGUUUUAAUCCUCCUCAAAAUAUUAGUAAUAUCACGAUUGUUCUAAAUGAACCAAAAGUUGAUCAAGAUCAAAUUGUGGAGGGCAUUAAUAAAAAAAUUGAAGUUUUGAAAAUUAAAUUAUAUGAAGAAAUUGAACAUUAUUUAAAUGUUUCGGUAAACGAAUUUAAAACCAAGCUUUUGAUAUGGGCAAAUAGCCUCGGUACAGAUGUGAUUCGAAAAUUUUCUGAGAAAAGCAAAACAGCGAUACAUGCAUUGGAUCAAGUAGCCAAAGCUAAAAAAGAUAAAUUUAUCAUCAAUCUUGAGAAUUAUACUAGGAGAGCAAUUCAGAUUUACAAAAAUGAGACAUACAUUGUUUCAGUAAAGUUGGCUGAAAAAUUAACGGAAUUGAAUGAAAAAAUAGACAGCAUUAAAAUUCAAAAUGUUAAUACUAUAUUGCAUCAUAAUAAUAACAAUAAUAAAGUAGAUAUGAAUUCAAUAGAUUGGAAUGACUCAAAAGUAGAUUCACUUGAAGCUUACUUAGCAUCGCAUAAACUUGAAAGUUCUGAUACAAAAUCAUCAUUUAACUUUGGUGGCUCAAAUACGGAUUCACUUGAAGCGCAAUUAGCAUCGCAUGAACUUGACAGUUCUAAUACAAAGUCAUCAUUUAACUUUGGUGGCUCAAAUACGGAUUCACUUGAAGCGCAAUUAGCAUCGCAUGAACUUGACAGUUCUAAUACAAAGUCAUCAUUUAACUUUGGUGGCUCAAAUACGGAUUCACUUGAAGCGCAAUUAGCAUUGCAUGAACUUGACAGUUCUAAUACAAAGUCAUCAUUUAACUUUGGUGGCUCAAAUACGGAUUCACUUGAAGCGCAAUUAGCAUCGCAUGAACUUUACAGUUCUAAUACAAAGUCAUCAUUUAACUUUGGUGGCUCAAAUACGGAUUCACUUGAAGCGCAAUUAGCAUUGCAUGAACUUGACAGUUCUAAUACAAAGUCAUCAUUUAACUUUGGUGGCUCAAAUACGGAUUCACUUGAAACUUACUUAGCAUCGCAUGAAAUUGGCUGUUCUAAAUGUAAAUCAUCAUUUGACGUCGAUGAUUUUGAAAUAGAUUCAUUGAGGCGCAAAUAGCAUCACAUGAAUUUGAUAGUUCGAAAACGAAAUUAUUAGCUUUGAAUGAUUUAAAUAUAAAUUCAUUUGAUUGAAAAACAACAUGGCCGGAAACUGGUAAUUCUAAAAAACAUUCUUAUGAUUUUGGUGCCUUAGAAAUAUAUAUGCAUAGUGUUGAUAAUAAGAUAAAUUUAUCUGAUCUUUAUGAUGAAUAAAUCCAUUUUUCCGGUA